AAGUCCGGAUCAUACAGUACUUUAACCCGAAAAUUUUCAUUGCCUACUUUGCCUUCAAAACAUUCUCAAAAUUCCUAGUUGUACCACUAUACAUUGGAAUUCAAUUUGGCGCGGAUUCCAUUUGUCCCAAAAUUUCCAUUUCCGCUCCCAAAGUCUCAGUAACACAUGGAUUUGGAAAGAGAAGGCGGGAUAAAUGGUGGGUUUUGAAGCCAUGAUCUCAACCUCCCUCAUAAGUGAGAGCAGAAGCAAAAAGACAGAGAUAUGAAGUUCAAGGCGUUCCUCACAGAAAAUGGUGUGAAUCUUUUAGAAAAGAGGUUCCUACCAGCCCUAGACAAGAUGGGGAAGAUCUGUCACCUGUACCUCACCAGAGACCACACAAUGUUUCUACACAACCUCCUCAAUGGCGACGGAAUUCAAUCUGUUGCCCAGUUUCGUAAAGAAGCUCUUUUUGAUGACUACCGCAUCUCUAGCCAGAAUGAGGACCGCAUUGCCUUUGCCAUUGACAUUUCACUUCUCCAAAGGGCUGUUCGUAGCAGUGUCAGCAUUUGUACAGAAUUUGGAAGUGGGCCCACUCAGAAUCGUCUCCAGAUUAAAUUGGUGAAGAAACUACCUCCAAAUUGUACUCAACCAAUGCCUUUCCUUACCUUUGAAACCAAGGGCUAUAAAUCUGCGGUCAUUCAAGAUGUACCAAUCUCUAAACCUUUUUCUAGAGCUCAAGUUAUUGAGCUUCAAACUGCUCUUGAUAUGGCUCAAGAUCUGCCUCAGACUCUGGUUCAGGUUCCAGAUUUGAAUCAGCUGCAGAACUUUGUGGAUAGGCUGAAGCAUGUUGGUGAUUUGCUCAAUGUUUCUAUUAGCAAAUAUGGGGAUCUACUUGUACAGAUUUCGACAACAUUAAUCACAGUUGGUGCUGAGUUUCAGAAAUUGUUGGUCAUAGGAGAGCAAGCAGAUGCACCAGCUGAAGAUAGAAAUCUGAGUGCUCAGACCCGUUCAGCAAGGGCAAUUUUGAGGGGAGAUGCUCAAUCUGUGCAAGUGAGUGUCAAGCACUUUGCAAAGAGCCUUCAGUGUCACUUGGCCAAGCCAGACUGUGCUUUCUAUGGUAUUGCUCCACAGGGUGCUUGCUUGACAGUGAUAUUUCAGUUCUUCAUUCCUGGUUCUCGUCAGACUGAUAAAUCAAUUAGUCUGCAUUGCAGGCUUCCUGUUCUUGACCCAGGGUCAAGUUGAAGGCCAAUGAGUUUGCCAUCAGUGGUUGGCUUUGGAGUAUAAUGGCCUGUAUGAAAUGUAUUGACUGACUGUGAUUCACAGUUACUGGGCUCCGUAUGCAUUUGUUGUACUCUGGUGUCAACAUUUUGUAUUUGCAGUUGCUUUUUCUUAA